CGUCAUCAUCGCAAAUGUCAACGUCCAAGACGCCCAUCUUUCUGACUGGCGCUACAGGCUACAUUGGAGGCGCCGUUCUAGCCCGUCUCCUCAGCCAUCCAAGCGCCAACACUUUUGAGAUUACUACCAUCGUGCGCAGUGCAGAGAAGGCCAAGAUACUCAAGGAAAAAUUCGGCGUCAACGCCAUAGUUGGGACCCACGCUGAGCACGACAAGAUCGAGAGCCUUGCCGAGAACAGCCAUGUUGUAUUUCAUCUUGCCGAUGCAGGGGAUGAAGCACUCCUCCAUGCCAUCUUGAACGGUCUCAAGAAGAGGCACAGCAAGAUUGGCGACUUGCCUAUCCUCAUUCACACUUCCGGAACUGGUGUUCUCAUCGAUGACGCACGCGGCGAGUAUGCCACGGACACCAUCCACAGCGACAUCAACAUCGAACAACUUAAGUCCAUCUCUCCGACGUCCUUCCAUCGCGACGUCGACUUGGCGGUAGUAGAUGCCGACGAGAAGGGCUUCGCGCGUACCCACAUCGUUCUGCCCUCGACGAUUUAUGGCAUCGCUGCCCACCCGCUGGCCAAGGCUGGCGUCUCCAACCCGCACUCGCUGCAGAUACCGGCCAUCACCCGUGCCUCUCUCGACCGCAAGCGUGCUGGAGUUGUCGGCAAGGGCUUGGCUUGGUGGCCUAAUGUGCACAUUGACGACAUUGCAGAGCUCUACAUAGUGCUCUUCGACAGCAGCAUCAGCAGCCCAGAUAUGACAGGCCACGGCUGGGAGGGCUGGUACUACGGCGAGAACGGCGAGCACCACUGGAUCGACAUUUCCAGGGCCGUCGGUAAGGCCUUGGUGGAGCUCGGGAUCACAGACAACGCGGAACCGACGUCGUUCGCCGUCGAGGAGUUGCCGAAGUACUUUGGGAGCGAGGGAUUCGGAUGGAGCUUUGGCUCGAACUGCCGUUGCCGUGCCGACCGUGGGCGGGCGCUGGGCUGGAAGCCGAAGUACACUACCCAGGAUUUGCUUGCGAGUAUCAAGCCUGAGGUUGAAGCGUUUGCGAAGAAGCAGUAG